AUGCUCCGAGAGAGAAGUGCCUCGCACAAGAUUCUGAGCACUAUCACAAAUGCUCUUAUUUACAUUCUCCAAGAGCAACAAGUUCGGGCGGUGAAGACAGAAUUGCAACUCAGAGACGGAAGAUUUUUGGCAGUGGAAAAAGGAAUUCUCCAAGCUUGUGCCGAGUCGGGCGAUUCGAAGACGCUGUUCUUUUUGGUUCCCAUUGGGCUCAGACAAGUUGCUAUUCAAAAUAUUGACACGUUAGCCUACGUGGCGAUGAAUGAAACUUCAAGAGUCUACCUCUCAGAAGUCUUCAAUAGCGACUGUCAAUUCAAAGAAGCCACGUUCGAGAACUACUGGUGCGUUUACAGCUCUGUCUCGCACAAGAACCCCGAUAACUUGAAACCGAUGUUUCUCUCUGUUUCCAAAUCUGGCAAAAUGAGACCGGGAUACAAAACUUCCAAAACAAAACCAGAAGGACACUUUCUUCCAAAACCAAUUUCAACGCAAAUGCUGAAGAUUCCGACUGAAGAAGAAAUUGAUGCGUUUCAGAAACCUGAGAUUAUAAGCAACGCUAUGGUUUGA